AUUUGGGGCCGGGAUGGGGUCGGGAACCGCGGCGGCGUUUUGGGGUUUCUCCUCUGGAAUUGCGCCGGAGCUUCGGGGCCCUGCUGGGAAAAUCCCCCGUGCCGGGAGCCGGGCAGCGACCCCGGCACCGUGGCGUGCUCGGGGUCGUGCCGGGCGCGGAUUUCCCUGGAAUCUCCCCUUUUUCCCGGGAAUCCGGGGCAAUUCCAGCCGCUCUCCGAGAGCCUCCGGCGCUAUGUCAUGAGCCACUUCCGCUGGAACCAGUUCGGCCGCAGGAACGGCAGCGAGCCCGGAAAACGGGAACGGGAGGAGGAAGAGGAGGAGGAGGAGGAGCAGGAAAAAAAAUUCGGGAACGAUCCCGGAAUUCCCGGUUUUUCCCGGCGCUCGUAUUCCAUGGAGCACUUCCGGUGGGGGAAACCCGUGGGGCGCAAGAGGAGGCCGGUCAAGGUUUAUCCCAACGGAGCCGAGGAGGAGUCGGAGGAGAAUUCCCGCUUGGAAUUCCGGAGGGAGGAACCCUCCCAGGAGGAUGAGGAGGAAGAGGAGGAGGAGGAAUUCCCGAAAUUCCCGUGGAAUUCCCGGAAGGAGAAGCGCUACGGGGGAUUCAUGAGCUCGGAGCGGGUGCGGACGCCGCUGGUGACGCUCUUCAGGAACGCCAUCGGGAGGAGUUUCUCCAAGGAUGGGCAGUGA